AUGCCGAAGGAACUGCCCGGGGACGACCCGGACGAUGUUCUCUUCAACUCCCUCUACGGCGUCCGCACGAUUGAACUCAAUCGACCGAAAAAACUCAAUUCGCUCAACGGCUCAAUGGCUCGAAAGAUCCUCCCCCGGCUUCGAGAAUGGGAGAAGUCUCACAUGGCAAACGUGAUAUUGAUCAGCGGCGCUGGACCCAAGGCAUUCUGCGCAGGCGGUGAUGUAGCAGAGCUUGCUCUACAGAACAAGAAUGGGCCAGAAGGACAGCAGAAGUCGUCGGAUUACUUUGCCCUCGAAUAUCAACUGGAUCACCUUAUCGCAACGUACAGCAAGCCGUAUGUUGCCAUUCUAGACGGUAUCACCAUGGGUGGUGGAGUUGGCUUGUCGGUCCAUGCGCCUUUCCGGAUUGCUACUGAGAAGACGGUUUUUGCUAUGCCAGAGACAACCAUCGGAUUCUUCCCUGACGUUGGAGGGAGCUUCUUCCUUCCUCGUCUUGAUGGAGAGAUUGGCACAUACCUUGCAUUGACUUCCGAGCGACUUCAUGGCGUGCAGGCAUUCUUUGCGGGCAUUGCGACACAUUACAUCGACAGCUCCGUACUAGCACAAAUGACCACGCGCCUCUCCGAACUUGUCUUUAAGGACUACGCAGAUCUAAACGAACGACUGGAACUCAUCAACUCGACCAUCUCCGAAUUUACAAGCAGCCUGCCGUCUCCUGACUCCUACCAAGCCGCCAAACACGGUAACCUGACGGGCCCUCUUCGAGAAGCUAUCGACCGGAUCUUCAAGUUUGACACUAUAGAAGAGAUCCUUGCAGCUUUACAGAAGGAGACCAAGUCAUCUGAUGAAUACCUUGCCGAGUGGGCCAAAGCAACCCAGAAAACCAUCUCGAUCAGAUCGCCAACCAGUCUUCGUGUCACACUCCGCCAAUUAAGAGAAGGAAAGAACUGGAAUAUCAGCGAGACGUUCGUACGCGAACACAAGAUCGCCAGCAGAUUUAUGGCACAUCCGGAUUUCGUCGAGGGAGUUUCCGCUCGGCUCAUUAACAAGCCUCCCACACAGCCAAAGUGGAAUCCCGCGAAGCUGGAAGAUGUGUCCAAUGCAGAUGUCGACACGUUCUUCGAACCGCCCGGGUUUCACGAGGCUCUGCAGCUGGUUGAUCCUCACGAGGGUGCUCGUGACCAGCGGUACACUGAUUACCCACAUGCCCGGUUCGCUUUACCACGGGAGUCUGACAUCCAGGCGGCGGUCAAGCAAGUAGGGAAUGAAGGGCCGAAGAGGGUUGCAGACGAAGUUCUGAAGCAGUGGAAGAACAAAGCUGGGGUGCGAGAAAAGGUACAAGACGUUCUAGCUCGCAAGACUGCUCCUACCAGUGACGGAAAGGGAGUUAGAUGGAAUGGCGAGUCUCAAGCCCGCCUUUAG